GCCCCCUCUGAAGAGUUUCCCAAAACCCAGCGCGGCGGGCCUCAGUCGUGCUAAGAUGGCGACUCCCAUGCAUCGGCUCAUAGCCCGGAGACAAGCUGAAGCAAAUAAGCAACAUGUAAGAUGUCAGAAAUGCUUGGAAUUUGGACAUUGGACUUAUGAAUGCACAGGAAAAAGAAAGUACUUACAUAGGCCUUCAAGAACAGCAGAACUAAAGAAAGCUUUAAAAGAAAAAGAAAACAGAUUAUUAUUACAACAAAGCAUUGGAGAAACUAAUGUUGAAAGAAAAACCAAGAAAAAAAGGUCUAAGAGUGUAACCAGUUCCAGUAGCAAUAGCAGUGACAGUUCAGCCAGUGAUUCUUCAUCAGAGAGUGAAGAUACAUCUACCUCAUCGUCCUCAGAGGACAGUGACACUGAUGAAAGCUCCUCCAGUUCAUCAUCUUCAGCCUCCUCCUCCAGCUCUUCCUCAUCCUCAGAUUCAGACUCAGAUUCCAGCUCUUCCAGUAGUAGCAGCACCAGCACAGACAGCAGCUCUGAGGAGGAACCACCAAAGAAGAAGAAAAAGAAAUAGAAUUGCUCCAUCCAUAUUGGACUGAUGGACUGAAAUCAUUAAUGUGAUUCUCUCUCAGAAGGGAAUUGAGAGUGUGUUAAGGCCAAAUAGGUUAACUGGUCAAAAUUUCUAGAGUUCAAAUGUUUCUGAAUGUUUUACAUUGUAAGAGCAUAAAGAGUAUUAAUAAUGGAUUUUAUAUAUAUAUACAGAGAGAGACUUUUUUUAUUUUAAGGGUGAAUCUUGUUUUUCUUUUUUAUCUUUAAAAUAUAUCUGUAAAAUUAAGCAAAGCUAAAAUCCAGUAAAUCUGUUUCUGUGUUGAAACCUCUUUUCUCCCUGUGAAGUAAAUGCCAUACUUUGAUAAAUGUAAGUGCUAUGCAUCAGACAUGUUUUUAGGAUAAUGCAUCAGAAUAUCUGUCAGUGAAUUUCUAAUGCUUUUGGCUGUAUGUCAUUAUGUAAAAUUUAAUACAUUGUUACUCUAAACUUAGGAGUUUUCCUACUGUUAAUAAAUGUGCUUUAUUUUUAUGUUUAUGUUCGGAAAGUUAUCCUGACUUCUUGUCCUAAAUGAAAAGUUCAAGAAACCUAUUAAUAAAUUUAUACCUUUUGGAUGGUACAAGUUUCAA